AUGGCUGAUGCCGGCGCCCUCCCUCCUCAGCCGACCGCAAAGGUAUCAGAGAUAAUCAAAAAUUAUAGGGCUUCAAAGUCGUUCAGAGGAACCCCCAAACAGGAUGGUUUCCCUGGAAAUAUUACCUCUUUGGAUUUCGACGACCAAGGAGACUACCUGGUAGCAUCCGGAGACGACGAGACACUACAGGUAUUUGAUAUAAAGGAAGGGAAAUUGACGAAGACAGUUCCCAGCAAAAAGUAUGGAGUGCAUCUGGCAAAGUUCACCCACCAUUCCCGCCAGAUUCUCCACGCCAGCACGAAGGUGGAUGACUCGCUACGGCUUUUAGACUUGCACAACGAGAGUUAUCUGCGAUACUUCUCCGGCCAUACGGACAAGGUUACGUCAAUUGCAGUUUCUCCAGGAACUGACGCGGUUUUGUCCUGUUCCAAAGAUGAUACUGUUGCGUUGUGGGAUCUCAACUCGAGGAACGCGCAAGGGAAACUUAAACUAGCUACCCCUUAUUUAGUUGCAUUUGAUCCGUCGGGCUCGGUCAUAGCAAUUGCCUCCCAGUCCACCUCAUCUGUACUACUCUACGAUUUUAGAAACUACGAUAAACCUCCUUUCGCAACGUUUGACCUUGCCGCCCAGGAAGACCGCUUCACCCCGUCGACAAGGGGCAGAGCGUGGACGCGCUUGGAAUUUUCUAAUGAUGGCAAACAUCUUCUUGUUGGAACAGACUACCACGGACAUUUCCUAUUGGAUGCUUUCGAGGGUAAUGUUAAGGCGUUUUUAAUUGGUAAAAGCGGCCCUACCGGUCGCGCUGCACCGACCUCGAGUUCUGGGAAACCACUGGGUCAAGGGGAUGUCUGUUUUACUCCAGAUGGACGUUACGUGCUUGGCAGUGCUGGCGACCAACCUGAUACUCUUGUCUGGGAUACUCAACAUCCGCCGGACUCUAGCUUAUACCUUAAACCGACCUUCCGGCUGCCAUACCGUGCCCGCUCUGUGAUUGUACAGGCCAAUCCGCGGUAUAACAUGUUUGCAACAGCAGACAAAGAGAUCACGUUCUGGCUCCCAGAUGAUAACGCUAAACCCGCCGAAAAAUGA